GUCAUUGACACUGACGUAAGAUAAGUGAGGUUAAAAAUCGAUGUAUUUUGUUUCUGCCUUGGUUUAUUGACAUAAAUUUGUUGACAAAUUUCCAAUGGAGUUAAAUCACGUUAAACCCCCGGAAUUCGUGGAAAUAAAGCAGGAAAAUGAUGCGAAUAUGGAAUAUGAGUACAGUAAGGUGACCGAAGUAGAACACAGCGUUAAAAUAGACCCUCUGAACGAUGAAUUGCAUUCUCACGAGUGUAGAGAAUGCGAAACGAAAUUUAUCAACGCAGUGCAAUUAAAAAUACACAGCAUGGUGCACCAGAAAGACCACAACUGCUUUAUGUGUGAUGGUUUUCACAUAAAGAACAAAAAUCAGUUUUUCGGUCACGUUAGGAAGCACAUGUGCCCGAAGCCGUUCCUGUGUUAUUUUUGCGACAAAAAUUUUCCUAGUCAAAGAGAAACCAAGCUGCACACCAGAGUCCAUAGCGACGAUAGACCUUUUAUGUGUACCGAAUGUGGGAAGUCGUUCAAACAGAUGAGUACACUGAAAGAUCAUGAAAUUGUUCACACUGGAGUGAAGAGGUUCAAAUGCAAGAUUUGUGAAGGGCCUUUCGCGACUGCCACAAGCCUGCGUAGACACGUUCGCGUGCUGCACGAGGCGAUACGAAACUACAAAUGCCACUACUGCGCGGAAUCGUUCGCUAGCAAGGAGUUCCUCAAGGAGCACAUGGGGGUGCACAGGGACGCGGACCCAUUGAAAUGUCAGCUGUGCAACAUCAGGUUACCUGAUAAAGAGGCUUUCAACGAGCACGAAAAUAAACAUAUCGAGUUGAAGGAGAGCGGGUAUUGCGUGUAUUGCGCCAACAGCACUUUCUAUUUCAACUUGAAGGAUCACGUGGAGAAGAAACACAGCGCGAGGGCGUGCGAGUACUGCGAUUUGGUUUUCUACGACGAGAAAUCCAUAGAGAACCACAAGAAAAGCCACUUGGACGAAGUGAACAGCAAGGAGGACUUGCUAUGCACGAUUUGCAAUAAACAGUUCGAGUUUCCGAGGUAUCUGAAGGCGCACUUGAAGCGACACGAAGAUUCUUACAAAAAAUUCAAAUGCGACUUAUGCGAGAAAGGGUUCUCCUCCAAAAGAGACCUGACGGAUCACGUGAACGUGCACAAGAACAUCAAAAACUUCAAGUGUCCGAUUUGCGAUAAAGCUUUCCGUACAAAGCAGAACGUUGCCAAACACCUGCCGAUUCACUCCGAGAAAAGGCCGUACAAGUGCACGCUCUGCGACAAGUCCUUCAAAAAACAGUCGAUACUCCGCAAACACUCCUUCACUCACCUGAAAGAUCGCCCCUUCAAAUGCGAUGUCUGUGAUAAAACCUACAAAUCCAAAGAAAGCCUGCGCGUCCACAAAUUAACGCACAACAAACCAAAAUUUGACUGCAAGAUGUGCGCGAGCACCUUCGACAGUCUCUCCCACCUCUACGGCCACAGUUGCCGCUCCAACAAAACUUUAAAGUUCUUCAUUUGCAACUUCUGCAAACGGGGGUUUCUCAAGAAAACUCUGCUUAGCAUUCACGUGAGGAAUAUGCACCAAAAAGUCAGUUUCACCUGUGAUACUUGCGGGAUUUUGUUCAAUAGAAAGUAUAAAUACGUUUUGCACACGUUUAGAUGUACCAGCAAGACUGAAUAAUAGUUUAGUAUUUAUGUGUAUUUAUUGUUGUAUUUAUUUUGAUGGCUGUAAGAAUA